UUUUCUACAAAAUCACUUCUUUCGACUUAGACUUUUGAUGCCGACGAUCUCCGAUACAUCAAUUUGACCGAAAAAUUUUCUCCGGGCCAUAAAGAUCUUCGAACACGCAGCUUACCAUUUUACGUUGUCGUCGGUUUAUCUCCAGCGAACCACGAUCUCCGAUACAUUAAUUAGACUGGAAAAUUUUCUCCGACCACAAAGAUUUUCGACUGACUGUAUCUUGGAAAUUUUGUGAUGAAUCGGGCCAACUUUAGAGGAGGAUGAUGAGAGGGUGGAUGACGAUGAUGAUGGAGUGAAGAUUGAUCGAUGAUGGGGAUGAUGAUGAUGAUGGGGAGGCUAGAUGAUAAUGAUGACGGAAAAAGAAAGCAUUCUGGGGAUGAGAGGUGUGAUGAAUGGCCGAAGGAGUGGGAAAGGAAGAUGAAGAUCCAGUGUGAUGUUUGUGAGAAAGCUCAGGCAACUGUGAUUUGUUGUGCUGAUGAAGCAGCUUUAUGUGCUAAAUGUGAUGUUGAGGUUCAUGCUGCUAACAAGUUAGCUAGUAAGCAUCAGAGGCUUCUUCUUCAGUGCCUCUCAAACAAGCUUCCUCCUUGUGAUAUCUGCCAAGAGAAGGCAGCAUUCAUUUUCUGUGUUGAAGACAGAGCUCUGUUCUGCCGAGACUGUGACGAACCUAUACAUUCAGCCAAUUCUCGUGCUGCGAACCACCAAAGGUUUCUGGCCACUGGAAUUCGGGUAGCUUUGAACUCCAGCUGCAAUAAGGAGAGUGUGAAUAGCCAGGUGGAACCUCAGCCACCCAAGCAGAAGCUGCAGAACACAAAGCAGCUUGCUGUUAAGAUGCCUGCGGAGCAGUCUAAUGUCACAUCACCAGCUUGGGUGGUUGAUGACUUACUACAGUUUUCAGACUAUGAAUCCUCAGACAAAAAGGAGCAGCUUGAAUUCGGGGAGUUCGAAUGGUUGAACGACUUCGGUCUUUUUGGUGAACAAGAAGCCCAAGAAGCAUUAUCAGCUGCAGAAGUGCCCCAACUGCCGGUGCCACAAUCAAGCAACACUACAUCAUUCAAAAGUGCCAAAUUCUACACACCUUACAAGAAGCCAAGAAUCACCAUGCCAGAUGAUGAAGAAGAGUUUUUUACUGUACCUGAUCUUGGUUGA